GGAGAGGACAAAUAAAACACCAAAACCAGAAAAACGAAAGCGCACGCACCUCUGCUGUCCCUUACAUUACGGACUUCCUUCCCUAACUUCCUUCCCUCCCUCCCAUCCCAACUAGGCAACUACAAAUCACACGCACCAACAAAACGCAACUCUCCCUUCUCUGUAACAUAUUUUCUUCCUGAAUUAAGACCACAAUGUCGUCUGGAGGUCCCACCGCUACGUCCUCCACCAAUGCCAGCCCAAGGAGCCACCCUGGUCCCACCACCACCAGACGACGGGUUGAUGCCAUCGCCGCAGACAGAACCUCUAACUUCUCCGAUUUCAAUCACGAUUUCUCUGACGAAGAAGACAGUCUUAGCGGCUCUUCCACUACUGGCGGGCCCCACCACUUUCAUCAUAAUUACCAUUGUCAUAACCAUAGCCACCGCCACCACCCCUUGAUAAAGUAUCUUCUGCUUCGCAGGAAGUUUUUCUUUUUUGUUCCGGAGUCGUGGCUGCUUGGGGUGGAGGAUUUGACGGCUACCAUUUCACGUGGUUUGAGAUCCGGCAAGAACAUGGGUCGUAGGAUUUUUGGUGUUUUAAUGGUAAUGGCGGUUUUGUCGGUUUUUCUGAAGGUCUCGUUUUGGAGUCAAACGGAGAGAAAUAUUCAUGAAAAUAGUAAUUUAGUUAUUUUCAGACAUUUUAAAGAUGAUUGGGCUAGGGCUCAACGUUCUAUCAUCGAACACCACCCUUCCAUUUCCACUCCCCUUCUCCACAAGCUUCCUCCUAUUCCAAAAAUCUGGAUGAAACCCAAUAGCGACGACUUUUAUCAGUGCAUACCUCCGCCAAGAAAUCAAAUAAGAGCCAGGAAAACAAAUGGUUACCUUCUUGUUCAUGCGAAUGGUGGAUUGAAUCAAAUGAGAACUGGAAUUUGUGAUAUGGUUGCAGCUGCUAUGUUAAUGAAUGCAACUCUUGUUCUUCCUGCUCUUGAUCGUGAAUCAUUUUGGACAGAUCCAAGCACUUUUAAAGACAUUUUUGACUGGAGGCACUUUAUGGAAGCGUUAAAAGAUGAUAUUGAUGUAGUUGAGUAUUUGCCAUCCCAGUAUGCAGCCAAGAAGCCCCAUGAAAAGGCACCUGUCUCGUGGUCUAAGGCCAAUUACUACAGAGUGGAGAUGGCUACAUUGUUAAAGAAGUACAAAGUUUUAAGGUUUACCCACAGUGAUUCACGGCUGGCUAAUAAUGGCCUUGCAGCUCACAUCCAGAGGCUAAGGUGCCGUGCCAAUUACAAGGCUCUCCGGUAUGCAAAGGAGAUUGAGGAUCUUGGAAAGAAAUUGGUUGAUAGACUAAGAAAUAAAAGCGAGCCAUAUGUUGCUCUGCAUUUAAGAUAUGAGAAAGACAUGCUUGCCUUCACUGGCUGCAGCCACAACCUUACCGCAGAAGAGGCUGAAGAGCUCAGAGUUAUGAGGUACAAGACUUCGCAUUGGAAGGAGAAGGAGAUAGAUAGUAAAACACGACGGCUCCAAGGGGGUUGUCCGAUGACUCCCAGAGAAGCAGCUAUAUUUCUAAAGGCUAUGGGCUACCCAUCCUCUACAGCUAUCUAUAUAGUUGCAGGGCCAUCAUACGGAAGCGGUAGCAUGGCACCCUUCCUUGCAGAGUUCCCAAAUGUUUUUUCUCAUUUUAAUCUAGCAACAUCGGAAGAAUUAGAACCUAUCAAGCCAUAUCAAAAUCGUCUCGCUGCCUUGGAUUAUAUUGUGGCACUUGAAAGUGACGUCUUUAUUUAUACAUAUCAUGGAAAUAUGGCCAAAGCUGUGCAGGGGCAUAGGAGGUUUGAAGGAUUUCGAAAGACUAUAAAUCCAGACAAACGAAAUUUUGUCGUGCUGAUUGAUCAGUUGGACGACGGUGCAUUAUCCUGGGAAGAAUUCUCUUUGCAGGUUCAGAGUUUACAUUCAGACAGGAUUGGAGCUCCAUACCAGAGGCAGGCAGGCUCAUCACCGAAGGAGGAAGAGAACUUUUAUGCAAAUCCUCUUCCUGGAUGUGUAUGCAACAUUUCCCAGGAGAUAUUUGUGAGCCCGAAACUUGUCCAAACAGUAAAACCAAGUAAUAGGGCUGCAUUGAAUAGAUAGGGGCUAAGUUUGAAUUUGAGCUUGUGCAGUAGACUAUUUGAUGCCCGUUGCUUGAAAGGUGGCGAGUCUGCGUUGAGCAGCUUUUGCCCAGACAGGGGGGGAGGGUAAGAGCUGCCAGUAGGGUCAAGAAGUCUUAAGGUUUCUCACGUGGCAGGAAAGAUACAAGUUUCAUCUCUUGUUUAGACAUGAGGAUCUAACCAGAAAUUUAGGGACGCAGGGAAAGUCAAGCAUAAUCCUAGGUGAAUCAUCUCAGUUACAGAUUAGAUUAUUUGAUUUAUUGGUUAUUAUUCUUUAUACAAAAUUAUUAUUAUAUAUAUAUA